AUGUCGUCAAUUUCGAUCGGUAGCGGUGGCAAGAAGCUGCCUUUGGUUGGAUUCGGCCUAUGGAGAAUUGACAAUGACUCCUGUGGUGACGCUGUCUACAAUGCCAUCAAAGCUGGCUACAGGAUGUUUGAUGGUGCUUGCGACUACGGCAAUGAAGCCGGAGCCGGUGAAGGCAUCACUCGCGCUAUCAAAGAUGGACUAGUCAAGCGUGAGGAUCUAUUUAUCGUCUCCAAGCUUUGGAAUACCUACCAUGAAGCGCAUCGAGUGCAAGAAAUCGCCCAAAAGCAACUGGCGGAUUGGCAGGUGGACUAUUUCGAUCUGUAUCUGAUUCAUUUCCCCAUUGCCUUGAAAUACGUCGAGCCAUCGGUCCGUUACCCGCCUGGAUGGUUCUACGAGGAUAGUCGCGUGGAGACCAGCAAUGCCAGUAUCCAGGAAACCUGGCAGGCAAUGGAGAAGCUGGUGGAUCAGGGCUCUGUCAAAAACAUUGGUGUAUCCAACUUCUCGGGCUCCUUGUUGAUGGAUCUGCUACGCUAUGCACGGAUCCAACCUGCGGCUUUGCAGAUUGAGCUUCACCCAUACCUAGCUCAGGAUCAUCUCGUUCAGUUUGCGCAGAAGAACGGUCUUGCUGUUAUGGCCUUCUCUUCUUUUGGAGGUGUGUCGUAUCCGCAGCUGGAAGGCACUGAAGCCGGAAAGGUCUUGUCUCUUCUCGAGCAUCCCGAGAUUGUCUCGAUUGCCCAACGAGUGCAAAAGACGCCAUCGCAGGUUCUUCUCCGGUGGGCGACCCAGCGUGACAUUGUGGUCAUCCCGAGAAGCACCAAUCUCGAACGGAUGGGCUUGAACUUGACAUCGACUGGAUUUGAUUUGGAGGAAAGCGAUAUCAAGAAGAUCAGCUCUUUGGAUAUUGGGCUCCGGUUCAAUGACCCCAUGCAGUUCCUCGGCCAAUUCCCCAUCUAUUAUUGA